AACACCGAGUCAACAUACAAAUUAGAAAAUACAAAAUGGCGGCGGCCGUGUUUCAUCGCAUGGGUUGCCGAUGUCCGCCUACCCUGCAGACGGCUUUGAUCCAAAUUCAUCAUAAAACACUGCCUGCUGUCUGUAUACCAGUAAGAACUAGAAAAACAUGGGUCAGGGCCAUACCCAAAAACAGUAAACGAACACCCUGGCAUAUGAUGAGUGAUGAAGAUAAGCGCAAAGAGUCUUGGAAUAUAACAUUGGAGAGAAUUGACGAGUUAAUGAAACAACCUACAAAGUCAUCGUACACUGACAGACAGAUCAUCAUUAGUUGUACAGGUGAUAUCUUUCAACCCUAUGUACCACCAGAAGGGGAUGGCAAGUCGACUCCGCUCAGUACUGAGGGCGCAAAGCAACGAUUAGAAAGAUUGAAACAUGUAGGUUUUUCUACAGUAGACCUCAGAAAAAUCCGAAAAUUUGAUCCAGAGUUUAACACAAAAGAUUUUGCCAAGCAAGCCCAGCAUAUAUUCAUCAAGGCGCACAGUGCCCUACAAGACCCCACAUGGUUUCCAAUCUAUGAGAACAUGCAUUUAUCCCAUGAUGCUUUGUUACAGGAUAUGGUGUGGGGAUUCAAGUACAAAACUGUCCGGUGGAACUGGGUGGAAUCCAUAGAAAAGCCCAGAGUGGUUCACAUCCGGUGUACAGAUAUGAUCUCUAAAGGCAACACAUAUGCACAGGCCACUGUGAGAUUUCACAGCAAACAGACACUCGCUAUUUACGACAGAUUUGGCCGAAUUAUGCAGGGGAGCGAGACAUCACCGAAAGACGUAUUAGAAUAUGUUGUGUUUGAGAAGCACUUGAUGGACAAAUACGGAUCUUGGCGGAUACACGGCAAGAUCGUACCACCAUGGGCGACACAUCGAGAACCAAUUAUUAAAACAAUGGUUGUUCCAAAAACACUUGAUACAGUCCCUGAGAAAUCAUUAGAAGAAAAGGUUGAGGGCGCUUCAGCUACUGCUACAACCUAA